AUGGAGGAGACACGAGAUGAUGCAGGGCCAGCAGAGCAAGGGCCUCCAAAUGCUUCAUGGUGGCCUUCAGAUUUCGUGGACAAAUUUGGAUCUGUUUCUUUGGGUUCCCAUGAAGAAACCUUGAGUAAUACUGAAUCACCUAGAAGUCCGUACCAAGAUGUGUUGUCAUCUCAGACAGCAUCACAAGUUCUAUGGCAAACUGGAAUGCUUUUAGAACCGAUUCCCAAUGGUUUCUAUUCUGUCAUUCCGGAUAAAAGGCUCAAGGAGAUCUUUGAUGAUAUUCCUACUCUUGAUGAACUUCAUGCAAUUGAGGCAGAGGGUGUGAAAGCUGAUGUCAUUCUUGUAGAUACUUCAAAAGACAAAAAGUUGUCCAUGCUGAAGCAACUGAUUGUGGCACUAGUGAAAGGAUUGAACUCAAAUCCAGCUGCAAUGAUAAAAAAGAUUGCUGGACUGGUUUCAGAUUUUUAUAAGCGGCCGCCUGUGGAAAGUCCAGCAAAAGCUGCACUAGAAGAAACCUCCCACAUGUUUGAUAAUCGAGGAGUCCAACUUUUGGGGCAAAUAAAGCAUGGUUCAUGCCGUCCUAGAGCAAUCCUGUUCAAAGUUCUAGCAGAUACCGUAGGUCUUGAAAGUAGGCUAGUGGUGGGUCUUUCUAUUGAUGGGGCUGUUGAGUGUGUAGAUUCAUAUAAGCAUAUGUCUGUGAUAGUUGUGUUGAACUCUGUUGAACUAUUGGUCGACCUAAUGCGGAUCCCCGGCAAGCUGUUACCCCGAUCAACCAAGGCAAUCUUUAUGACCCAUAUUUCUGCAGCAGGGGAGAGUGAUUCUGCAGAAAAUGAUUCCUGUGAUUCACCACUAGAACCAAACAGUCCCCUAUAUGGAUUUUCAGAGAGAACGGAUCCUGACAGUGCUGAAAGAGAUGAGAGCCUUCAGUUCCGAGGGAGAUUUGAUGUGCCCUCGAAUGCACAAGGUCCUUCAUUGCGAAAUAUGAUGUUGCGACCUAUCACUUCCAUUGAAAGAAAACUGAGUUUAUCACAUAGUGAACCCAACAUUGCAACUUCAUUUUGGCGCCGUAGUCGAAGAAAGGCCAUUGCUGAACAGCGGACUGCUAGUUCAAGUCCAGAGCAUCCUUCAUUUCGAGCACGUGGGCGGUCCAUGCUCAGUGGUGAUAGGAAAUCUUUUAGAGAUUAUGCUGAUGACAUGCCUACCUCAAGGUUUUAUAUCUAUUGA